GCCAGGCUUCGUGAUAGUAACACAGGGGCCAGUUGUGACAACGUGAUGGUUGUGACGGCAUUAAUUAGCGACGUUUCUUUUAGAUAAAGUUUUAGUCAGAUGACAGAAUUUGGGUUUCUUUUUUAUGUCGUUGAAACUAACGUUACAUUAAUGGCCUCUUAUACACACGAAGAGUUAGAACUUAGCCAGAAACAUGAAGAUAUACUGGGAAAAAGAGCAUUACUGCUGCAACAGAUGGAAGCGCGUAGUGAACAGCAGAAGGCCAAGAAGAAACAACAGUGUCUGAUGUCUCAAGCAGCGAAGGAGAGGAAUGCUCAGAUCCUUAAGGAUUUACAGAAUGCCGAAACAAAUCUUCAAACCAGACAGCUCCUUCAUCCGGAUAUUGUCAACCUUGAGACCUGUUAUUGGGCCUCAGUUGAAAGGAAACUGCCAGAAUGGGAGCAGUAUUUGCUUGGGAAAGGACAGCCGCCAGUGAGUGAGACUGAGAGAUUGCUUAGGCAACAGAGACUGAAAACUAGGCAACGAGAUGCCUCACCUGCACAACGCAGGGGUAAACCCCCUCGACCCAAACCUAAAUCAGCUGUCUGAAUGAUGUGUGAAGCUUGUCGAAAUAAAUGAUCACACGCAAGUAACAGUCGCGUGACCAGACUAUUCUCCGCUUGCGUCGACCAAAAACUUUGACUUUUCGCAACUUUUUGGAAAUAAGGUCCCAUGGUGGUCGACUGGAAGGGGAGGGACUUAGGCUCUCUAUAUGCUGAUUAGCUGCUCAGAAAACA